AUGUUAUGGCACCUUCGAAUUAAACAAGAGAAGCUCAAAAGGAAGGCAAAUGCAAGAGUAGACUACGUUGCGGAUGUCUUGAUUAAGGCCGUAGAAGAAUUGGCGGUAGAGUUCGAGAUAACGGAUCGUAGACAGCUCAGCUCGUCUUUCCGCGUGAGAGAACAACGUACAGCACAGGCUUGCUGUUCAGCUGUACAAGGGAAACAUGGACAGCAUCCACAAGGUUGGGGACAUGACGUGGAAUGUAGAUGCUACGACAUCGGAGACGGUGUACCGCGUCGAAUUCGUGAGCAGUGCACUUGUCCUGUUCAGAGCUAUGCCUUGAUCAAUGCGAAGGUGAACGCGCUAGUCAGGCAAGGUAACGACAGCGCUCUCGAAACUCUCUCGAUGAUCGCGGAGCGCAUGAGCAUACUAGCCAAUGAAGUCAAUGUGCCGCUCAGAGGCAUAGCACUUAUUGCGAGACCUGAUGUGCCGCUUACUGGAGGCAGACCGCAGUUAGAAAGGCAAGAAAUGUAUACGAGAGCUCGCAUUCGCAAACAGAUGAGAAGAAGAUCGCAAUCGGCCGAGACCGUACAAGUCAACCCUGAAGGACAUACUAUUUUGCUCACUCUGUUUUUAGGAGGACCCCGUCCUGCCUGA